AUGUCGAAAGGAAUUAACGUUCGAGAUGCAUUAUCAAGAUGGGAAGAGCGAACUGGUAAGAAAGCUGCGGACGAAAAAAAGAUCAAAAUAUGCGGGAUGUUACCUUUGAUAGAAAAAAUGGAUGCUUCCUUAUCUAUGUUGGUCAAUUGUGAACAAUUAUCCCUCUCUUCUAAUUCUAUUGAAAAAAUUGCUAAUUUGAAUGGAUUAAAGAAUUUAAAGGUUCUAUCUUUGGGUCGUAAUAAUAUCAAGAGCUUGAAUGGAGUGGAAGUAUUAGGCGAUACUUUGGAGCAACUCUGGAUUUCUUAUAACAACAUUGAAAAGUUGAAAGGUGUCGAUCAUCUUAAAAAGUUGAAAGUUUUAUACAUGUCCAAUAAUAGGGUUAAAGAUUGGGCCGAAUUUCAAAAAUUAGCUGAGGUAGCGCAGUUGGAAGACCUACUACUUGUUAACAAUCCAAUAGAAGAAAAGCACUCCAAUGAUGGAGACUGGAGAGAUCAAGUUAGCAGGCGCUUACCAAAGCUUAAAAAACUAGACGGUGUCCCAAUAGUUAAGCAAGAAGAAGACGAUGAAGAAAAUGCUGAAGAUUAA